AUGGGCAGCGCCGCCGAACGCUCCCCUUCGGUUCCGGCUCUAGAAUUGGAGAUCGAUCUCCAUCGUGAGCAAAUCCAAGAGGUGCAAGAAACCUUGGCUGCUUUUUCAGUCCAAACCGAUGAAUUUAAAACGUCACUGAGCACCGCCAUUGCUUCCCUCACCCAGCAACAGUCUUCCUUUCAACAAACCAUCAUGGAAGUCAUCACUCGUCUCCCACCUGUUGUCACCCAACCUUCUCCCUCCUCCACGGCUUCUCCGGUCACCAUUCCCUUUGGUUCUUUCACCGUACCCCGCUUCCCUCCUCUCUGCUCUACUCCCCCUGUUCCUACAGCCCCGCCACUUCUUUCACAUGUCCCUUCAUUUUCCACUACACCUCCCUACAUCAGUACCCCCUUCCCCACCUCCCUUCCUCCCCACCACAACACCCACAUACCAGUCACCCGUAUCUUCCCACCCCCCCAUCUUUCUUUUUCUUCCACUUCCCUACCCCCACAUAUCCCACCCUCCACUUUCGCCACCCCAUCCCAGCUCAAAACCCCCAAAAUUGACCUCCAACGGUUUUCUGGGAAGGACCCAUAUGCUUGGUUAAUCACCGCAGAGCGAUACCUGGAUUUACACGAGAUUCCAACUCACUUAAAAGUUAAGGUCGCUGCUGUUCAUAUGAUUGAUGAUGCAGCUUUGUGGAUGCAAUGGUUUGAGAAUCGUUUUCCGUCGGCAUCUUGGACAUCUUUCUCUGAAGCCCUCCUUGCUCAUUUCGGCUCCGGUGACUCCUUGGAUGUAACCUCUGAUCUGUCCCAUAUCCAACAAACUGGUUCUUUGGAUGAUUGUAAUAUCGAAUUUGUUCGCCUUUCUUGCCGAGCUCUCGAUUGGACAGAUGACCAGUUGAAAGGAGUUUAUGUAGGCGGCCUCGCACCAGAUCUUCGUGGUGAUGUUAUUGUUCAGAAUCUAGCAACCCUUCAUGAGGCUAAGCGGCUUGCCCACGCAUUUCACAAUCUUCGUUUGUUCCAGCGGUCUAUGGCACGCUCCUCUUUCAGCCGCCCUACUAAUUCCUCCUUGUCAAGACAGGACCAACCGGCCCCACUCCAUCCUACUUUACCACCGGGUUCUCCACCCAUCUGUCGCCUCACUGCUGCUGAAAUUCAGGAUCGCCGCGCAAAGAAUUUAUGUUUUAACUGUGACGAACCUUUUCGUGCCGGUCACCGGUGUAAACGGCCACAACUUCUCAUGGUAGAGGCUGAUUGGGAGGCUUCUGAUGACUCUUUUGAGGAACUCAUUACCCACGAAAUUGCCCAUGGUCCUGACUCCACUCCCCAACCAGCCUUAGACAAUGACCCGAUCAUUUCCAUCCAUGCAUUAACUGGCACACCUCGGACCCGCACCAUGCGCCUCCAGGGCCAAAUUGGCAACACGGGCCUCACUGUCUUUAUAGAUACUGGAUCUACUCACAAUCUAUUAAACUCCCACUUGGCUAAACGCUUGGGCUUGCAGAUUGAUACUUCUACACCACCCAGGAAAAUUCAGAUUGCUAAUAAUGACUUCAUCCACACAAAGGGGCUGGUCCAUCAAGUUCACAUCAAUCUUCAAGGUUAUGAAUUGUUUACUGAUUGUUAUUUGCAUGCAGUUUCGGGUUGCGACCUCAUUUUAGGGGCAGAUUGGUUAGACACUCUGGGUUUGAUUGGAUGGCAUUUUAAAAACAAAACCAUGGUGUUCAAGGUUGAUGGUCAAGUCCAUCGCUUGGUGGGCCAAACAGACCCACCCGUUACUUUUGUGGACUGCCACUUGUUGACUCAUCUUUCAGCCCAAGCCCAGCAAGGCAUGUUAGCCCAAUUGAUAGCCAUUGAAGACCUGCCAGUUCCACCCUCUUCUCCACCCCCUGCAAUUCAACAGUUGCUCCUCCAGUACAAUGACCUAUUCUCUCCACCAGCUGCCUUACCACCCCACCGUUCAAUCGACCACAAGAUUCCACUAAUUCCAGGGGCAACGCCGGUCAAUGUCAGACCCUACAGAUAUCCCCACUUUCAGAAACAUGAAAUUGAGACCUUGGUGAACGAGAUGUUAGAGACAGGGGUAGUUCAACCAAGUAGUAGUCCAUACUCCUCCCCAGUCCUUCUGGUUAAAAAGAAAGACAAUGGUUGGCGCCUUUGUGUUGAUUAUAGGGCCUUGAAUGCCGUCACGGUCAAAGAUCGAUUUCCAAUCCCAGUUAUUGAUGAGCUCCUCGAUGAGUUGCACGGAGCUGUGAUCUUCUCUAAAUUAGACCUUCGUUCUGGCUAUCAUCAAAUCCGAAUGCAUCCGUCGGAUAUAUCGAAAACAGCCUUUCGCACUCACGAUGGUCAUUACGAAUUUCUUGUCAUGCCGUUUGGUCUAUCAAAUGCGCCGUCAACAUUUCAGGCCCUCAUGAACGAUAUUUUCAGGCCCUAUCUUCGUAAGUUUGUUCUUGUUUUCUUUGACGACAUUCUCAUUUACAGUACCUCUGUAGCUGAGCAUUUGGUGCACUUGACCUCUGUUUUUGAUGUCCUAAGUAAACACAGGCUGCAUUUGAAACUGUCCAAAUGUGCUUUUGGCCAAACUACUAUCCAUUAUUUGGGUCAUGUGCUUUCUAGUGAAGGUGUGGCAGUAGACCCUUCAAAAAUCCAGUGUAUUGUGGAUUGGCCUCAACCGAAGGGUUUGAAAUCUUUGCGAGGUUUUUUGGGUCUCACAGGCCCUCUAUGUCUCCGCCCUUUUCCUCCACCAGCCCGAACCCAUCGUCCCAACUCGAUGUCUCCAAGUCCAAGGAAAAUGUCACCGUCACCAUCAAGUUUCGCCCCCUUAGGUACUGCUUCUUCUACGAUUGGGUUGUUGUUGAUGUGCUGUGCUGGAGGAACUCUGAAGUGGAGUUGGGUUGAGCAGCUUUCACUCAAACUUUUGACUUUGUAUCAUCAGCCUUAUUGUGUCAAGAUGCCCUUAUAG